GGCUUGGGAAGUAUAGCUAUAGAUACCACACAACUUAACAUGUCAGUCACUGAUCCAACGGCUUGGGCUACAGCUAUGAAUAACCUGGGGAUGGUUCCAGUAGGACUAGCUGGACAACAGCUUGUGACAGAUUCAAUCUGUGUACCAGGCUUUGAUCCAAGCCUUAGCAUGAUGACGGGAAUCACUCCGAUUAACCCAAUGAUACCAGGUAUGGGGUUAGUGCCGCCACCACCACCAACAGAUGUGCCUGUAGUCAAAGAAAUAAUUCACUGCAAAAGCUGCACGCUCUUUCCAUCCAGCCCGAAUCUUCCACCACCUUCAACAAGAGAGAGACCUCCUGGGUGUAAAACAGUGUUUGUUGGAGGAUUACCAGAAAAUGCAACGGAGGAAAUUAUUCAGGAAGUCUUUGAGCAGUGUGGAGAUAUAACAGCAAUUCGGAAAAGCAAGAAGAAUUUUUGUCACAUUCGUUUUGCAGAGGAGUUCAUGGUUGAUAAAGCCAUUUACCUUUCUGGUUACCGCAUGAGAUUAGGAUCUAGCACAGACAAAAAGGAUUCAGGUCGCCUUCAUGUUGAUUUUGCUCAGGCGAGAGAUGACUUUUAUGAAUGGGAAUGCAAACAAAGAAUGCUGGCCCGAGAAGAACGCCACAGACGCAAAAUGGAAGAAGACAGACUGCGUCCUCCUUCUCCUCCGGCAAUAAUGCAUUAUUCCGAACACGAAGCUGCUUUGCUGGCUGAAAAAUUGAAAGAUGAUAGCAAGUUCUCAGAGGCCAUCACAGUGCUGCUUACGUGGAUUGAGCGAGGCGAAGUGAAUCGUCGCUCUGCAAACCAGUUUUAUUCGAUGGUGCAGUCGGCCAACAGCCACGUCCGCCGGCUCAUGAACGAAAAGGCCGCUCAUGAGCAAGAAAUGGAGCAAGCCAAGGAGAGUUUCAAAAAUGCCUUAACAGGGAUCCUCACUCAAUUUGAGCAGAUUGUCGCCGUUUUCAACGCUUCUACCAGACAAAAAGCUUGGGACCAUUUCUCGAAAGCCCAGCGAAAGAACAUAGACAUUUGGCGAAAGCAUUCUGAGGAGCUCCGAAAUGCUCACAGUGAACAGCUCAUGGGAAUCCGCCGGGAAGAGGAGAUGGAAAUGUCCGAUGAUGACAGUGGUGACAAUCCCAGUAAAAAGCUGAGAGUAGAUGAUUCAGCUCUAGCCGCCCAAGCGUAUGCUCUAAAGGAAGAGAACGAUAGUCUUCGAUGGCAGCUGGAUGCUUAUAGGAAUGAAGUGGAGCUCCUGAAACAGGAGAAAGGACAGCUUUUUCGGACGGAAGAAAGCCUUACGAAGGACCAGCAGCUGCAGUUCCUGCAGCAGACAAUGCAAGGCAUGCAGCAGCAAUUGCUGAGCAUACAGGAAGAAUUAAAUAACAAAAAAUCUGAACUGGAGCAAGCCAAGGAAGAGCAAACACAUACACAAGCGAUGCUUAAAGUCCUGCAGGAACAGUUAAAAAGCGCCAAGGAAUUAGCAGAAAUCAAUGGGCACGAUGAAUCUCAGGCAAAU